AAGCCGCGGAGGAUUCCUGAGGCUGCAAGUAUUGAAGUUGUAAAGGAGUCUUGAAGCUGCAAAGGAUUCUUGAGGCUGCAAGUCCUGAAGCUGCAGAGGAGUCUUGAAGCUGCGUAGCAAAAGGUGCAGUGGAUGCCUGAACAUGAAGUUCAGAUUAAAAGAAACUUCCACACUAAGGCAUCUCAUAGACUUUCAGAAAUGUUUAGAGAGGCAAGGAUUGCUGGAGAACGCCCUCGUUGGGUGGGGGAUGGCAUUUGGCACUCACUGUUGGCACACUGGAAUACGCCAGCAUACCGUGUUAAAUGUGCUACCGCCCAAAAAAAUAGGGCUUCAGAGAAAGGUGGCGCUCUCCACACUGGGGGCUCAAUCACUGUACACGAGCAUGCCAUUCGUAUGGCAGCACAGCUGGGACGUUCUGUUUCUGUUGAUGAGGUCUUUACGCAGACUCAUAUUCGAAAGGGAACGGACGCAUAUGUUGAUGAGCGGUCUCGCAAGACCAUUGAAGAUUUUUCUACUAGGUUCACACAUGCCAGAGAGGAUGUGGGAGGUGCUCCUGAUGAAGCCUCAAGAACAAAUGCAUAUGAGGACAUCAUUAAGACCCAGUGCUGGGUUGAUGUAGUGAGGGGAAAGAAAAAAGGACGAAUUUAUGGAGCAGGACAACUUGCCUCCCAUUAUAUUGCUGCAAGAGGAGGGGUAUUAAAACAUCAGCCAUCUUCAUCCAACACUACUGACCAACAUAACAUGGUCAGUAGAGAGGCUUAUGAUGAAUUAAGAUCCAGAUUGCAAACUUUUGAAGAUAUUUUAAGGAAAUACAUUCCUGAGGCAGGACAAAUAUUAGACCCAUCCUCUUCCCACCAAGCACCUACACAACUCAUGCAGCCCACUAAUAAGCAAUCACCUAAUCAACACGAGCCUCUUGUCCAGCAGCAACAAGAAGAUGAAGAAGAACAUGAUUCUGAUGAUUUUAGUGGCUAUUAGGAUUUUAUAAACUUUUAAAACUUAUUAGUUGUUUAGUUUAAAAGCUUUAUUGAGUUUUGAUAAGCUUUAUUAGUUGUUAACAACUACUUCAAUGGUAAUUGUCCAUGAACUUUAAACUUAGUUGCUUAGUUUAAUGAGUGACAUUGGUGUUUUGAUGUUUGUUAAUAUUAGCAACUAAGUUUAUUGUAUAAG